CAGUGUCUCGCAUGGCGUCGGCAAUUAAACGAGCGCGUAGAAAUUCGCAAAAUUCACCACCGAAAAUCGCGCAUCAGCCACUCUCUAUGCUCGAUGCCGCCGCCAAAGUGGUCGCCGCUCACAUUCCUUUCCAAUAUGUCGAAGAUAAUACGUCGAGAAUACCCGAACCGGUUGAAAAUCGAAUUGUGUAUUGGUCAUUUCCGAGGAAUGAGGCGGAUAUUCGGCUAUACUCUUCCUUUUCAAAGACCGAACACGGUCGGAUCCCUUUUAUAGAAGGUCAAACUAUUCUGGAACGGGGCGGCGUGCGCGACGCGCUGCAAAUAGGUGAGUCAAUAUGAUGUAUAAAUUAUGCUAUUUUUCUCUAUUGUUGCCAGCUAACAUAAAAUCUUCGAAUACUUAAAAUAACUAUCUUUCGAUAUUAUUCCCGCAUACUCUCUUUCCAAUAUGGCGACAUCAUGAAAAAUUGCUGCAAUUAACCAUUGAGAGAAAAUGUUUAGUACGGGCGAUUUAAAUUACGUAGAUGGCGCUGCCGAUGGAUUAUAUCAAUAAAGCUAUUGUCAAUCAAUAGCCAAACUGCACGCCUUGCAAUAAAAUAGAAAAUUUCGGACAGUAAAAAUGGCUAGGGGAGUGAAUCGAUAAGAUUUAUGUAAAACGCGUGCACAGCACGCGAUGCAGUCGCGUUUUCUAACCCAACUGCAUUGAUUCGCGUCUGCGUCAGCCUGCAGCAACAGUUGCGAUAGGCUGCCCUUUGGGAACUAUUUUUUGUUCGUAUUGUUUUUAUUUCUGGGGUGGCGAAUUUAUGAUGUCGGUUGUAAUUAAUUGUCCUUGCACUUGGCAAGGUCGGUCCAACGAAAAAAACCCCAGUGCUGCCUGUUAUUUUAUGUAAUUAUCGAUCUUCUCGAGUGCGGUUAUAGGCGUGAAAAGCUUCUUAAUAAAAAAUUCUUAUCAUUGUUCAUCUCUUUCGUUUCUGAAAGGUUUUCACCUGAGCGGAACUGUGCAGGAUGAAGAGAGAACCUACUCCGUUUCAAUAACCUUCGAUAGAUGUAAAAUUACGUCCGUUAAUUGCCCGUGUUCGAAUCGUGACAUAUUCUGGUGCUCUCAUAUCGUUGCUCUAGCCUUAUUUAGGAUGCGAACGCCCGAAGACGUUCAAUCAAGAUCCCCCAUAUCAGAAACUCUCCUCCAAAUGGACAGAGAGCAACUUCAAAAGUUCGCGCAGUAUUUGAUUUCGCACCACCACACGCAAGUAUUGCCCACAGCGCAAAAGCUAGCCGACGAUAUUUUAGAGAUGUCGUCGGUGAUUAAUCAAGUUCGAGGUAGGAUUUUUACGGCACAUGACUCUUUAAUGACAAAAUUAUAUAUUCAGGAGCGCCAGAUCCAACAGCAGGUGCUAGUGUUGAUUCAAACAACGCAUGGCAUUUGGAUGAGGACGAACUACGCGAGCAAGUCAAGACAAAUUUAUGUUAUGCUGAAAAAAGCUACCAGUGCAAACACCACCAGCAAAAACUCAAUUGUAUAUUCAAUAAAGUGCGCGAGAUGCUUCAGUCUAGAGACGGUAAUGGUUCUAGAAUGCUGUCGUUAAUUACUGAACAAUUCUUACUCGAUCCGAGACUCUCAUUAUAUAAAUCUCAGCCCAUGCCCGAUAAACUUCGACGGUUGUGGGAUGAAUUAGCAUGUUUAUGGGUUUUUGUUGUACUUAAUCCAACAGCGAUUUCUCAGGAUCGUGAUGAGUGGGCAACCAAUUUUGAAGAAUGGAACUCCAUAGACGGUUGUCCACCAGAAGAUCCACAACUGCCUACUAAUACUCAAAACGUACCCGCCAACGUGCGAGCAAUAUUUGCACGAGCGUUAGAUGCCACUAAAUUGAUGUGGGAUAACGAAGCGUUGCAGGAGACGCUGCGAUCGGACACCGGCAGUUCAGAGUAUUUAGAAGAAGAAUUAACGAUAGCAUCAGCGCGCGUAAACGCAUUGCGUUGCCACGGUUACAAAACGGAAGCCCGCCGACUAGCUGUCGCCGUCGUCAGGGGAGUGAAGCGUCAAAUUUGGCGACGCGUCGAACAGCACAAGCAAUUCGUUGCAGGAAGAAGUACCAGCUGCGAGUGCGGUUAUAGUAGUAUGGCGCCUUAUAAUGUCGACACGGCCUGUAUGGGUAACCCGCUCAAUCCGAUUGGCUGCCUGUUUGAUACGCUAAUUGAAGUCUGUCUGGCCGAUGGUGGCGACAGAGCCAAUAGCGAUGUGGAUGUAGUCAAUGAUGAUAAGAGUUAUAAACAUACGGAGUUGCCCUCGGGCAGCGAAAACGACAGUUAUCUAACUCUUGCCGUUCAAAUUGCCAUUUUUGGCUUAGGUCAACAACGCAUGAAAUACUCUGGCUAUAAAGAAACCGUAGCCAGGCAACAAGAAAAGGACUUGAUACAGCUUCUCCGUAAAGUUCCGCUGGACGACCGUGUAAUAGCUGCACUCCGAGAUCAGGUUUCCUUAAUGUUCGACGGUGGUGCUGGUUCGGCUCUGGAAGCCCUAAUCCAUCCGGAUUCAGCUCCGAUCCAUUAUUUUGCCAAAUUCCUCUUCCAAAGUCUCUUGCCGCACGAUAACGACUUGGCUUUCAAAGUCGGAAUUCGAGCCCUGCGGCUGCCGCCCACGGAAACGGAAGCCGGUGACGACCCGAUGAACUACGUCGAACAAAGGCAAUGUGAAUUGGCAACUGCCUUACUUGUUGCGGCUAAUAGUGAACAGUUGGAAGACGUUUUAAGAGCCGUGCGAUCGCAUAUGCAUUCUCCAUCGCAAAUCUUUUCACUAGCUCAGCAUGCCAAAACCGAAUCAAAUAGCGCCAGCGAUCUGAAAAAAGCGGCCUUAGAAUUGGGUCUGAUAGUGUUAAAAAAGACGAAAAACAAAUCUCAUUGGCGCCGGUCAGAAAUGGUUCGAUGGGUUAUUAAAACGUCCGCUCCAGAUGCUGGGGACGGUGAACUUUUGAACGUUGGAAAGCAGUGGGAGGGUUGGUUAACAGCCGUCGAAGCUUGUAGCGUCUUAUCACCUGUGUUAAUGAGUUGCUCUGAAAAUGGUGAGCGGCUGGCCAUCCGCGUUGCUAUGCAAUGUGCAGCCGACGAUCCAGCACACUGCGCUUUAUCGGCAUUGACCAUGUGUGAAAAGGAUAAUACAACUUUCUCUCAAGCUUUUGAUCUAGUCGUCUCAGCUGCCAACCGAUUACCAGCCUCUCAACUCUUUGCCAUCGCCAGGUAUUUGGAUAGCCGAAAUCAAUCACGGAGGGCCUAUGAUAUUGCUUUGUUAGCUCUAAAGGCUCUACGGAUUGCCUACAACGAGGAUGCUCAUCCCGCUAUAAGCGAUAUUCAUUGGACUUGUAGUUUAGCAAUGAGUUUAGGUAAAGGAGAACUAGCUCAUGUGGUUCCGAUACUCGUUGAAAAUGUACAUUGCGCCUCGGUAUUAAGCGAAAUUCUCAGACGUUGUACAAUAGGCGGUCACGCACCACAUCCGGCGCACGUGACUACAAGGGGACGGGCUCACGAAAGAGCUCCUCUAAGGCAAUUGUUGGACGCGGCUAUAUGUGCUUAUGUGAACACAACACACUCACGACUGGCUCAUAUCUCUCCUCGCCACUAUGCUGAUUUCGUCGACUUUUUGCAGACGGCCCAACACACUUUCGCUAUGGCGCCAGACGGACCUUUACAGUUUGCCGCCCUCAUCGACAAUAUGAGAUUGGUCUAUAAAGGCAAGAAAAAAUUGAUGGCGUUAAUAAAGGAUAGAUUCAAUAUGUAAGGAAGAAAGAUACAAAAAAAAGACACCGGUGCUCUUUCUAGCUAUCUCUACUUGUAACUCUCUCUAUCUAUCUUUUCGCUCUCGCCAACAACACAUGACCGUCGUUUUUUAGGUGCUUCGUUAAUCUCCUAAUUUGUCCAGGGUGUUUUGCGUGUGUGUUGCUUGAAUGUGGAACGAUUAUGCAAUUUCCGCGCUAGUCAACAAUUCAACAAUCGAAAGACUGUGAAUAAAGAAUUAUAAAUAGUAAUUUAAAUGUUGCCAUUUUUUUAGAUGAAUAGAUUUUUCAAUGUUGGCAAAACUUUUUGUUCGUGUCGUUUUUUUAUACGAGUACAAAUAACUUCAAUAUUUCGGAAAACACACCUGUUGCAAUAAACACUAAAAGUUUAUCAUUAAAAA